CAAAUGUGCGCGCGUAGAGUACAAUUAAUUGUCCUCAGUAGCUCCGUAUUGCUGAUUGUUUGGCCACCUGCCAUAGCGGCGAUUGCCAUGCCCCGUCCCCGUCCCCUUCCUCCCUCCUCGUUUUCUCCGACGAUGUCGGUUCCCCCUAUAUAACACCAAUCACCCUCCAUUCCCCUCCUCCAUUGGCAUCACCACCGCCUCGCCCUCCCCCACAUAGCGCGGCCCAGAUUCAGCCAUGGCCCCCAUCAAAAUCAAGAAGCCCCCCAGCUCCCCCGCCCAGACCCUGACCUCCCAGCAGGAGGCCCGGCUCCUCGUCCGCGAGACCCUCCGCAUCAGCGCGGAUCUGGCCUCCGCCCCCGCUAACCCCGCGGUCUCCUCCCCCUCGGCGUCGGCCUCCGUUGCGGCCCCGGAGGGCCGGUUUGGCCUCGUGGACAAGCAGUUUGUCGAUUCCAGCUUGAGGCUGAUCUGCUGCGAGGAAAUCAACGGCCGGAGGUGGAAGUACGUGGCGGAGGGCGACGGCUCCGGGAGGUUCAGGAAGGAUUCCAUUCGCGCCAUCAGCUUGCAGAGUCCUCAAUCUCCCGUUGAUGAGUUGAUGUCUUUUGUAAGAUCCUAUGUAGUGCCAGAAGGUUUCCCUGAUAGUGUCACCCCUUCAUAUGUUCCAUACAUGACAUGGAGGGCGUUGAAGCAUUUCUUCGGUGGAGCCAUGGGCGUCUUCACGACACAGACAUUGUUGAAUUCAGUUGGAGUUUCAAGAAACAGAUCUGCUUCUGGUGCUGUCGCGAUUAACUGGAUUCUCAAGGAUGGUGCUGGUCGUGUUGGCAAGAUGCUUUUUGCUAGGCAAGGGAAGAAAUUCGAUUAUGAUCUUAAACAGCUGAGAAUAUCAGGGGAUCUUCUGAUGGAAUUGGGUGCUGGACUGGAGUUGGCUACUGCAGCUGUGCCACAGCUGUUUCUCCCUUUAGCUUGCGCUGCUAAUGUAGCAAAGAAUGUUGGCGCUGUAACAUCAACAUCAACUCGAACACCAAUCUAUAAAGCUUUUGCUAGGGGAGAAAAUAUUGGAGAUGUAACUGCAAAGGGAGAAUGCGUUGGCAAUAUUGCAGAUCUGCUGGGAACUGGGCUGAGCAUAAUGAUCUCCAAAAGGAAUCCGUCAUUGGUUAAGACAUUCGCUUUACUUUCAUGUGGAUAUAUCUUCAGCUCCUACCAAGAGGUCAGAUCUGUAGUAUUACACACAUUGAACCGUGCGAGAUUUACUGUGGCUGUGGAUUCUUUCCUAAAGACAGGCCAAGUUCCAUCACUGCGGGAAGGGAAUAUGAGAGAAAGAAUAUUCACGUUUCCAUGGUUGAAAGAAAGGCCUAUUGUCCUUGGUCCAAGAUUUAAAGAUGCAUUUCAAGAUGCCGGUUCUUAUCUUGCCAUAGAGCCUCUAUUUGAGAAAGAGAGGUAUGUUGUCACGUAUAAUCCUGCAAAGGGAAAAGUUUACGCCCUCCUCAAGGAUAAAGCGAAGCCCGACGAUAUCCUCAAAGCAGCCUUUCACGCUCAUGUGCUCUUGCACUUCACAUGUUCAUCAAAGGAUGGGCAAUCCCAGAACCAGAAGUAUCAGGAACACGGUCUUUCUAACUCGGUGGCUUUGACUACUAAUCUUGAAGCUCGUGUAGCUCAGUCGUGUGAAAUGGUGUCGGCCUCCUAUGGAGUCUUUAAGAGUAAAGCCGCAGAACAGGGGUGGGUGAUGUCAGAAUCUCUUCUAAAUCCCGGACGAGCACGAUUAUGCGAACAGUAAUUAACUUCAAAGAACGACCCCAACUACUCCACUGUACUCCAUCGUCGUGUUAGAAGACAGGUAGUCAGGAGUCUUUGGGGAGGCUCCCACCGGGAAAAUCAUGAGAAUCAUGGCUUUCUCUGUUCGGUCCAGUUCAAAAGAGUUGAAGUAUAGCAAAUUGAUGAACUGAAAAGAGUGAGAUGAAGGUCUCGGGGAUGCGGCAUUAGGGGCAUGUAAUGGUAUGUUUACACGUUAGCCGGUCUUUGAAGUCCUUGUAGAGAGAUAUAAACAGCUUUCACAUAUUUCUUCCUGUCGCAGAGAAGGCACGGUUUCAUCACAUUUGAGAAGUAUACAUGUGUAACUACGUAGAGAAUUUUGUUUCACAAACCGAAACUAUAUAUACUUCCAGUUGGCUUUACUGUCGAUAUAUAGGAACGGUUGUUGGCCA